AUGAGUGUCUGUCGACAGAUUCGCCUAGUUCUAUGGAAGAAUUUUACUAUCCGACGUCGACGAUGGCCUCGAGUGAUCUUCGAGUUUAUCUGGCCGUUAUUUCUAUUUCUUAUCUUAAUGUGGGUUCGAACACGGAAUUUAACAUUCUACUAUGAUGCUUGUUACAAUGAUCCAAAAUAUCUCGGUCCAACUGGCAUUCUUCCUGCGAUUCAAAGUUACAUUUGUCGAUGGAACAAUACGUGCUAUAAUAGUUCAAAGAUAAUCGAUGAAUUUCAAAGCGAAACAUCAUUUUGGAAUGAAUUCUCUUCGUUGACUGACAGUCUGUCGAUCGUUUUACACGACGAGCAAGCAGCUCAUUUACUGAGCGAUAUUUUCACUCAACUUAAUUUAUUACAAACGUCACUGAACAUAUGGAAUGGUACUGUUCGAGCAAAUAAAACGUCGAAUGAUUUCAAUCAAACGAUACCUGCAGCAAUUAUUAAGAAUCUUUUUGAAAAUGCCGUCAAUUUAUCGAAUCUCCAUCAGGCAUGGUUUAUGAAUAAAACAGUAAAAUACACAUCGAAUAUCAAUGUUGCAAUAGAAAUAUAUCUUGCAAGUGUUCGACCGAAUAAUUUCUAUUCGUAUCAAUCAGCGGCGAGUAUCAAGAACUCAUUUUGUGGUAGAAAUGAAUCCCAACGAACUUUUCUCGUCGAUUCAUUGAAAUUAAUAGAGACACAAGGCUUUUUAUGCACUAAUUUGACGGCAAAUGAUUUGAAAUCGUUCUUGAUAAGUGUCCAACAGCAAUUGGACGCAAUCGUUUUAGCCGAACUGUGUCCGCAAAUGUUUACUCUGCCAAUUCAUAUGUUUCAGAUUGAUAGUAAACUAAACGAUUUGUAUACACGAUUGGAAGUGCUGAAUGUUAGCUUUUCUUUGAACAACAGUGCAAAUGGCAUCAGUCUGAAGUCUUUCUGCGGCGGUCGAAAUGAUCUUUCAGCUUUUUUCAAUAUUACUUCAUCUACAACAUCUCAAACUCGACAAUCUAAAUCCAGUGAAACUCGUACAACUGGUGAUCAAUCAUUGAUUUACUAUGAUUGGAAUCAAUUAGCGACCGAUCUACUUUCUUACAAUGCAUCUCUUAUAUGUCAUCAAACUUAUGUAACAGGUUCGGGAAAUAUCGUUCAAUUCGUUCCAACGAAUCGUUCGUGUCGUUGUGUGCUUUUCGAUCAAGUUUUCAACUCCAAUAAAAUUUUGAAACAAUUCGCGAGAUUUGUACGGCCAAUUCUAUAUGGAAAAAUCUAUUAUCACCCAUCGAAUGUUCACUAUGAUAGUCUUAUCAAACAAAUGAACCAAACAUUCGAAUCUCUUGAUGAACUGAUUCGAUUGUUUCGACAUAUUCAAUCAAUAAUUCAACUAAAUAUUGAAAUAUUAACAACAACCUGUAAUUUGAACGUAACAUCAUCAGAGUUGUGCAAACAGUUAUCAUCAUAUCAAACAGCCCUGAGUCUAUUUACUAUUCUGACUGAAUUUCUCGCUUGUACAGAACGUAAUCGAUUUGUUCCGAUGGACAGUGAGCUAGAAAUGGUAAACAGAGGAAAAAAUAAUACCAUCACCAAUGAUUUUCUUGCGGCUAUUCAAUUUCUCGAAGAUUUAUCUGAUAAUGAUACCUUACCAAAACAUAUGCGAUUUAAAAUCCGAAUGGCACUUGACUAUGUUGACAGCACCUUUCGUACUGAAGAUCGUUACUUUUCGUAUUCACCACGAACUACUGCUCCAAGUUCGACGAAAUAUUUUACUUAUGUAUUCAUCUAUUUGCAAAAUGCACUUGAACGUGCGAUUAUCAGCGCGCACACAGGACGAAAUGUAUCCUUCGGUAUUCAAACCCAACAAAUGCCGUACCCAUGUUGGGUUAACGAUAAAUUCGUCACUUCAAUCAGUCGAAUGUUACCGUUGCUAAUGGUGUUAAGCUGGAUAUUUACGGUAUCAAUGAAUGUCAAAGAUAUUGUUCAUGAAAAAGAACGACGUUUGAAAGAAAUCAUGAGAAUUAUGGGUUUAAAAGAUUCAGUGCAUUGGCUUACCUGGUUUAUUUUAUGCACAACCGUGAUGUUACUAAUCGCUUUGUUACUUGCACUACUUUUAAAGUUUGGCAAACUCACACAAUUUUCAGAUCUUGGUAUUUUGAUCGUAUUUUUUAUCAGUUAUACAUUUGCGACAAUUACGCAGUGUUUUCUCAUAAGUGUCUUCUUCAAUCGUGCUAACCUCGCGGCUUGUGGAGCUGGUAUCAUCUACUUUCUGCUUUACUUACCGUAUACAAUUCUGAUCAAUUACGAUACGCAAGUAAAAACGUGGCAAAAGAUAAUUGCUUGUCUUUCAUCGACUGUUGCUUUUGGACUUGGUUGUGAUUAUAUAGCGCGUUUUGAAGGGAUGGCUAAAGGUGUUCAAUGGAGCAAUCUGAAUCAAGGGGUGAAACCGAAUGAUAACUUUACAUUACUGUAUUGUAUUAUAAUGAUGUUUAUCGAUUCGAUUAUAUAUAUGUUACUGACGGUUUACAUUGAAAAUGUCUAUCCUGGUGAAUACGGCAUUCCACAAGUUUGGUACUUUCCAUUUACAAAGACAUAUUGGUUUGGUUUUGACGCGAAGAAAAUUCGACAGCGAACAGAAGAAAUGAAUCACGCAAAUCCCACCGUUACUGAGGAAGAAGGAGAUAUUGGAGUUAGUAUUGACAAACUAUCGAAAUACUACGGAAAUAAAAUGGCGUUGAAGAAUCUGUCAGUGAAAUUCUAUCAUAACAUGAUUACAGCAUUUCUUGGAAGAAAUGGCGCAGGGAAAAGCACAACCUGGUCUAUUUUAACUGGUUUGAUACCGCCAUCAAGUGGAACAGUUUAUAUCGAUGGGUUUGAUAUAUUAACCGAUAUAAAAAUCGUACGAAAACGACUUGGCUUCGCUCCUCAGUAUAAUAUUUUAUUUGAUCUACUAACCGUUCAAGAACAUCUCGAGUUUUUCUCUGCAUUAAAAGAUGCACCAAAGGAGUUGGUUGCAACCGAAACAGAGAGAAUGUUGGAUGACUUAGCAUUAACAAAGAAAGCGUUGAAUUAUACUACUGAAUUAUCCGGCGGGAUGAAAAGAAAACUUUCGAUCGCCAUUGCUUUUAUUGGAAAUUCUACAACCGUUAUUCUAGACGAGCCGACUGCAGGUGUUGAUCCGUAUGCCCGUCGAGCUAUUUGGGAUUUGAUAUUGAAAUAUAAACCCGGUCGAACGAUCGUUUUGUCUACACAUCAUCUUGAUGAAGCUGAUUUGCUCAGUGAUCGUUUGGCGAUUAUAUCAUCCGGUGAACUACAAUGUGUAGGAACGACAAUGUAUUUAAAACGCAAAUACGGUGAAGGUUACAAUCUCAUUGUUGAAUUAGCAUCAACCACAAACGAACAUGACCAACGACAGGAGAUUAUCCUCAAUCCCAUAACAUCGAAAAACUCGUCGCUAAAUUCAAUGCGAUUUGCGAAAUUAACUGAUUUUCUUCGACAAUAUGUACCAGAUAUUCGCAUUAAAGAACAACAUGGUGAUCAAAUCACAUAUGUUCUACUAGAUGAUGCUAACCAUACAAAAAUAUUUCCAACAAUGCUUACGGAGUUAGACGCGAAUAAAUCGAAGUAUAAUAUAAAAACUUACGGUUUAUCGAAUAGUAGUCUUGAACAAGUUUUCCUCCGUGUUGCCGAUGAAAUCAAACGACCGGAAGAUUAUGAACGCAUGUCGCGCUGGGAGAAAUUUUGGAGCCGUUUUAAACGACCGACUGAGACAAAAAUAGAGAUAGUUGAAGAGGAAAAUAAAGAUGAACAGAUAGAAAUGAAUACUGGUAUCAGUGACGAAUGGAGUCCAUACACAACUGAUCGAUAUAGAGGCGCUCACCACGUCUUCAUACAAAUCAAAGGUUUACUAAUCAAACGGUUUCAUCGAACGAAACGUAACAUCAAAGGCUUGAUUGCAGAAAUUCUUCUACCAAUCAUUUUCAUUCUACUUGCUAUGUGCGCAAUCAAACUAGCACCGAAUGAAAGCGAACCGCCACCGCUCAUCCUUCAUCCAUGGUACUGGAGUCAGCCUAGUUAUAUGUUUCAAUCACUGCCUACGAACAAGUCUUUGGUACUAUCAAAAAUAAUUCAACAAACGUUCACGAAAUCGCCUUCGUUGGGCACACGCUGUAUGCCAACGACGAUACUUAAUAAACGAUUGUACCCAUGUUCACAAUCGAACGUCGGUCAUGUCAAUGUCUCAUCGAGUUUUGAAGUGAUCGAUGCAUUGAACCAAGUUCACUACAAUCAAACACGUAUUUCACCUGAAUGCGAUUGUUGGCAGAAAAUGCAAACAUGCCCAGUGGGCGCCGGUGGACCAGCGAGAAGUUAUGACAAGACCGAAACGAAAGACAUUCUAUACGAUCUACAAGAUUUCAACAUAUCAGACUGGCUGAUCAAAUCUGAAUACAAGCUCGAAUAUCUCAUGAAACGAUUUGGUGGAUUUGAAUUUUUGUCGUAUUUCAUCGCAGAUAAAAUAGAACUACUCAAUGAAACAUUACUCGAUCGCCUGGUCAAUAUCACCAAUCCAAGCAAUCAAUCGUCAUUAACUGUCGACAGUCAGAAAAUAGCUCCAUUGUUCCAAAUCCAUCCACCACAGGUUUCGGUGUGGUACAAUAAUAAAGGAUGGCCAGCAAGUGUUGCCUUUCUGAAUGUCUUCAACAAUGCUCUCCUACGAGCUCUUCUUCUACAAAAUGAUUCAACAAUUGCAAUUGAUGAUUAUGGAAUAACAGCAAUCAAUCACCCAUUACCCCAAAGUGAUAUUCAAAUCGAUAGUGAUCUACAAAAUCGUGCUGCAUUAGAACUAUUUACGGCAAUAUGUAUUAUUUUCGCAUUAGCUUUUAUUCCCGCAAGUUUCCUCGUCUUUCUCAUCGAUGAGCGAGUAACCACAUCAAAGCAUCUACAAUUCGUUAGCGGUGUUAAUGGAAUAACUUAUUGGUGCGCGAAUUUCUUCUGGGAUCUAACAAACUAUUCGGUUUCAAUCGUCUUUUGUCUGAUCAUAUUUCUUGCCUUUCACAUUGAUGCGUAUGUUGUUCCAACUAAUUUCUUUUGUCUCAUCUUAUUACUGUUCCUCUAUGGUUUCGCAAUUAUCCCGCUGAUGUAUCCAAUUAGUUACCUUUUUCAAACGCCAUCAACGGGUUUCGUACUUAUCUCGUGUAUCAAUAUAUUUAUCGGUUUAAUAACUACAAUCUCGACGUACACAUUGGAAACAUUCAAUGAUGAAGCAGAUCUGAUGCGAGUUAAUAACAUUCUCAUGAAGUUAUUCUUAAUUUUUCCCCAUUAUUGCCUUGGCCGAGGACUAUUCGACAUAAGUCGAACGCAUGCAAUCAAUGUCAUCAGUGCUAAAUACAUUACAGGUUACGUUUCCGUCUCACCAUUCCAAACGAAUAUUGUCGGACGAAAUCUGUUUGCUUUGUUUCUCGAAGGAAUUUUGUUCUUUAUAGUGGCUAUUCUUGUUCAAUAUCGAUUCUUUAUUCCUGAUCGAGGUUGCAUUCGCAUGCCGAAUGAUCUUAAAUCGGUAUACGAAGAUGAAGAUGUUGCGAAUGAACGCGCACGCAUCCAUGGAGAUCAAAAUAAUACAAGUAAUGAUGUUUUACGCCUAAUUGAUUUAGUGAAAAUCUACGGACGAGCUUGUCGUCGACAAUUUGCUGCCGUGAAACAAACCUGUGUUGGUGUAAAGCAAGGUGAAUGUUUCGGUUUGCUUGGCAUCAACGGUUCGGGAAAAUCCACUACAUUCAAAAUGCUCACCGGUGAAAUAUCUAUGACAGAUGGUAAUGCCUAUGUGAACAACAAUAGUGUUAUCAAACAUUUGGACAAAGUUCGUCAAGAUAUCGGUUAUUGUCCACAGUUCGACGCACUUGAUGUUUUGCUAACAGCGCGAGAGCAUCUCUACUUCUAUGCUCGCCUACGUGGCAUAAAAGAGAAAAAUAUUUCAUUCAUUGCGGAGUGCCUAUUAAAUCAAUUUGGUUUAACCCUAUGGGCGGAUCGACCUUCUGGACACUAUUCGGGUGGAAAUAAACGAAAGCUAUCGACGGCGAUUUCCUUAAUCGGAAACCCUUCAAUUAUAUUCAUGGAUGAACCAACAACAAGAAUGGAUGUACGUGCGAAACGCUUUCUAUGGAAUUGUAUCUUGAAACUGACGCGUCAGGAUCGAAAAUCUGUUGUGAUCACUUCGCAUUCGAUGGAAGAAUGUGAAACUCUAUGCAACCGACUCGUCAUAAUGGUAGCCGGAGAAUUCAAAUGUCUAGGUAGCGUUCAACAUUUGAAAGAAAAAUUUGGUGAUGGCUAUACAAUUCUAAUUCGUACGAAUGUUGACGUCAACCGGCAAAUCGUGAUUGAUUACAUUCAAAAAUCGAUUCGGGAAACGAUCGUUAAAGAGGAACAUAAUAAGAUGAUUCAUUUUCGCGUAUCGCCCAAUGUUUCUCUACACAGAAUGUUCACUGUGCUCGAAACUGCUCGAGAAGAGCUAAUCAAUCUUAUAGAAGAUUAUACAGUCACCCAAGUGACACUUGACGAUGUAUUUGUUAAUUUUGCUAAAGCACAACAAGAUAAUUCGGAUAUGGCGCACAAAACUGACAAUGAAGAUCUUUAUGAGCUAACUUGCCGAAAAGUUAAUCGGAUUGGUGGGUUUAAGCUUAUUUUCCAUCAGCCUAGUUCGUCGAAAUCUUUCUUUCUAGGGCCGGUCUGA